AUGUUAUUUUAAUAAAAACAAUUGUAAUAUAUAUUAUAAUUUAUUAAGCGAAUAAACGGAAUUCGUAUAGCUAAUAUAUUAAGUCUUACUGUUGUGUGUAUAUAUUUUAAAUAAAUUCAUGUUAAAUACUUUUUAUGUACAAUAGCCAUACUUCUAUCCUUUAGGAUACCAAUAUUUUAUGAUACCAACACCAAUUGCAUUAUCUAAUACCUAGAUUAUUAAUCCUUAAAUUUAGGUUAUGGAUAAAAUCACUUAAACAAAUAAUAUAUCCUCUGAAUUGAACCAAUUAUCAGGAUAACAAAAAGAAAAAUCUAUAUCUGAAACCGAAAGUUAACUUGAUUCUUAUAGUAAUAAUGAAGAAAUGAGAGAUACUUCUAUACAUUCUAAAUCUAAUAAGCUUAAACAAAGCAAGAAAAUUUAAAAACCGAACUUUUUAGUUAAAUCCACAAAUAUAUAAAAAAAUUAUGCAAAAGCUAUAGUUUAAUAUGCUUGUCGUUAACGCUCCAUAAUUUUUGAUACGUUAGGAGAUGAUCGUGGAUAAGAAUUCCUUCAGUUGAUGAAUCGUCUUAAAAAUAGAUUAAGAAAUAUUGGACAUAUUACAAGAUAUACUCAUUUUGAAGACUUUUUAUAAUUGUUCAGAAUUUUAGGGUAUGUUAAGUUUUGAUAAUUAUAGAAACAAUUUUAUGAAAAAAGAGUCAGUUUGUUAUAUUUACAAUUCUAAGAUUUAAUAAAAGAGUUGUCAUUUGUCCAAUAUGUCAUUUGUAAGGAAUUCUUUAUUAAAAUAUUGA